AUGUCGAGGAACUACGCGGCGGCGAAGGCGAAGCCUAAGUACGCGACGGCUCAAAUAGCGGUGUGGUGGGACAUGAGAGACUGCCCGAUUCCAGAGGGUUAUGAUGCUCGUCAGGUCCGUCCGAGCAUAGAAGCGGCGGUCAAGAAACUAGGUUACUCUGGUCCCGUCUCCAUCACUGCCUUUGCCGACCAUAAACAAACCUCUGAACAACACCUGCAAGGGCUCUCUUCCACUGGAGUCGCUGUUACACAUACCAAAUCCUCAAGAAUAUGCAAAUUCAUGUUCUCGGAUAUGCUCGAAUGGCGAGGUCGUAAUCCGCCUCCGGCGACAAUGAUGCUCAUAUCCAAUCAGGUGAAAGAUGUCUUCUCUUGGGAACUGGCCAGGCUACAACAGGAGACCAUGUACAACCUCUUCCUGGCUUGCUCUUGUGAGCCUCCCAGUAACACAGACCUGGUCACUUCUGCAGAGUGGCGCUGGGAAAGCUUACUAGAUGAGGUUAAAGAGUGCAGUGAAACCACCGGUGAAUCAUCAAAGCCUGGAGAGCUUACUUGCAAACCGUGCAAGUUAGGUUGCCAAAGCGUGGAGAGUUUCAGGAAGCAUCUCUCGACGAAAAAGCAUGCUGUGGAAGAGGCCAGAUGGAAUUGUACAGAACUCGACCCUGUGACGAGGAAGUGGGCAAAGAACUACGCGGCCAAGCCUGAACACGCCACGGCUCAAAUAGCCGUGUGGUGGGACAUGGAGGACUGUCCGAUUCCAGAGGGCUAUGAUGCUCGUUGGGUCCGUCCGAGUAUAGAAGAGGAGUUCAAGAAGCUAGGCUACUCUGGUCCUGUCUCCAUCACUGCCUAUGGAGACGUAAAACAAGCCCCUGAUCGACUCCUGCUAGGGCUCUCUUCCACUGGAGUCGCUGUUGCACAUGCCACUCCCGAUGUCAUAUACAUGCGCAUGAGUUCAGACAUGAUGGAUUGGGUAGAUGAUAAUCCUCCUCCGGCUACAAUAAUGCUCAUCACCGAUCAGAUGGACUCGUUCUUCUCAAGAGAUCUUGUCCAUGAACAACAAGAGGAUAAAUACAACAUAUUUCUGGCUUAUUCAUAUAGGCCUUUCAAAAUGUCCGCCCUGGUCACUUCUGCUGAAUGGCUCUGGGAAACCUUACUUGCAGUUUCAGUUUCAGAGACGAGAAGACGCGUUCUUCAGAAGUGCAGUGAAAGGAGUGAAUCUACCGGAAUGUUUUCUUGCAAAGUGUGCAUAGAUGAUUUCAAAAGAUUUGAUGAUUUAAGGAUGCAUCUCUCAGGUGAUGCACAUGCAAGAGAAGAGGCUUAUAUUAUUUCGAAUUUUCAAUAUAACGAGCGCAACCGCGAGCACGGGCUAAUAAAACGUGUAGAAAAAGAGCAAACGUUUGAGGAGGAAAGCAGUCCCGGCGGGUCUUGUUCUUCUUCAUAA